AUGAUGCAGAAGCUUGUAAGGCUCUUUAUCGCCUCUCUCGCUAUUAUCGUCACUUUAGCUCAAGCAAAAACCGAGAACCAAGAAGUCUCUGCGUUGAAUGUGAUGUUCACGAGCUUAAAUUCGCCGUCGAAACUCAAAGGCUGGAAAUCUAGCGGAGGUGAUCCCUGCGACGGUUCCUGGGAAGGCGUCAAAUGCAAAGGCUCUUCGGUCACCGAAUUACAGUUAUCAGGAUUGGAGCUAAGUGGAUCUCUCGGUUAUCUACUAAGCAACCUCAAAUCUCUCACAACUUUUGAUCUCAGCAAAAACAAUUUGAAAGGAAAUAUACCUUAUCAACUCCCACCAAACAUUGCCAAUCUAGACCUUUCUGAGAACGAACUCGAUGGAAACGUACCCUACUCGUUAUCUCAAAUGAAUCGUCUCGAAAGCAUUAAUCUUGGACACAACAAGAUCAAUGGAGAGCUUUCGGAUAUGUUUCAGAAACUGUCCAAACUCGAAACUCUGGACUUAUCUUUUAAUAAGCUCUCUGGGAAACUACCUCAGAGUUUCGCUAAUCUCACAAGCCUAAAAAAACUACAUUUGCAGGAGAAUCGAUUCACAGGCGACAUAAACGUUCUCAGGAACCUUGCGAUUGAUGACUUGAACGUGGAAGACAACCAGUUCGAAGGAUGGAUACCAAAUGAACUUAAGGAAAUAGACAGCUUACUGACUGGAGGCAACGACUGGUCAACAGAAACCGCUCCGCCACCACCACCGGGAGUCAAAUACGGUAGAAAAUCCGGAGGUUCUAAAGAAGGAGGAGGUAUGACUGCCAUGAAUGGAGUGAUGAUAGCCGGAGCAAGCUUAGGAGUUCUUGUGUUAAUCGCUGUUUUGAUCGCUCUCGUCUCCAAGAAAAAAUCAUCACUCUCUCCUCAUUUCAUCGACGAAGACAACAGCCAACACACACCAAGGUUCAAAUCUCUCGCUUCUCAUGGAUCUUCACAGGAGCUUCGCGUCGAUUUCGGCAACGAUUACAAAGGUGGGAAAUCUGGAGAUUCUGAUGAUGAGAAUAUGCAAGGGAUUGGAUUAAAGGGACUAAAGCAUUCGGUUUCGUCGCGUGUGGUGUCUUUCAACGAUAACGAAUUCGCAAACAGGCUCAACGCGAAACGAACCACUUCGACUCGUUCUGCGACGGAAUUCGAGCUCUCUGAUCUGCAAACCGCAACAGCCAAUUUCGCGCCUGGAAAUCUACUCGGCCAAGGCUCAAUCGGACGUGUUUACAGAGCCAAAUAUCCUGAUGGACGCACAUUGGCGGUUAAGAAGAUUGAUUCAACAUUGUUCGAUUCGGGUAAAUCAGAAGGAAUAACGCCGGUUGUGAUGAGCGUUUCAAAGAUUCGGCAUCAGAACAUAGCAGAGCUCGUAGGUUAUUGCUCAGAGCAAGGUCACAACAUGUUAGUCUACGAGUACUUCAGGAACGGCUCGCUCCAUGAGUUUCUUCAUUUAUCAGAUUGUUUCAGUAAACCUUUGACUUGGAACACAAGAGUCAGAAUCGCCUUAGGAACCGCUCGAGCCGUUGAAUACCUACACGAGGCAUGUUCACCGUCUCUGAUGCACAAGAACAUAAAGUCUUCUAAUAUUUUGCUAGACGCAGAUCUCAACCCUCGUCUCUCAGAUUACGGGCUCUCCAAAUUUUAUCUUAGAACGAGUCAAAACCUAGGAGAAGGAUACAAUGCACCAGAAGCAAAGAACCCUUCUGCUUACACACCAAAGAGUGACGUGUACAGCUUCGGCGUCGUCAUGUUAGAGCUUCUCACCGGUCGAGUUCCAUUUGACGGAGAGAAGCCAAGGCCGGAGAGAUCGUUGGUGAGAUGGGCGACACCGCAGCUACACGACAUAGAGGCAUUGUCGAAUAUAGCGGAUCCAGCUUUGCACGGACUUUACCCACCAAAGUCAUUGUCAAGGUUCGCCGACAUUAUCGCUCUGUGUGUACAAGUGGAGCCGGAGUUCCGACCACCGAUGUCCGAAGUUGUGGAAGCUCUUGUACGGAUGGUUCAACGGUCAAGUAUGAAACUCAAAGAUGAUCUUUCUUCUUCCUAUCGAGCCCACGACGAUUAUGAUUACUAG